CGGUUUGCUUGCUCCGGUGUCGUCGGAUUAGAUAUAUCCAUAUUCUCUUGGUACUGAGAAUAUCAUGACAGAUGGCAUAUAAGUUUGGUCCUUCCUGGUAUUCUUAUCAUCACUAUCGAUCAUUCAGCAGAUAAAAUGUUUCCAAAUACUCUUAUUGCAGGGCAAUUUGUCAUCGCAGUUGUCUUAUGCGGCUGUUUUAUUUUCAGAAAGCCUUUGACGGCGACCUGUAAUAAUAUUCUUUCAAGGGUUCUUAACUUAUACUUGUCAUAUCGAUAUCCUGUCAAGCAUGUCGAAUUUGGACAUAGACUUCCAGGUUGCGAUUAUGAGUUCCCCAAUGGUCAAGGAGACGGUGCAAAAUUCCUUUAUGGAAAAGAAAACAGCGAAUUAUGGGGAUCAAAAUAUGGUUCUAUCUACCAAAUCUGGUCAGGCCAUAAACCAGAAAUUGUGCUCACUCAAGCUGCCGAUAUUCAAGCCGUCUUCAGUGACUCAGAUAAACAUUUCAAAGCUGUGAACAACAAUUCCGGAUAUUUGUUAGGUCAAAUACUUGGUCAAUGUGUUGGAUUGAUCAGUGGCCAGCAAUGGAAGCGUGUUCGCUCUAUUGUUGAGAAACCAUUCCAUCGUAGUAUCACUCCAAGAUAUGUUCCAAUGAUUGAACAACGAACUACUUCAUUCUUUCAAGAACUUUGGGACUCUAAAGAUUUAUCGCGUGGACUUAUCGACCCAGCAGAUGAUCUGAAACUUCUCCCAUUCUUGAUUGUGGCAGAAGUCGUUUACGGGAAGCUAGCUCCAGAUGUCGAGUCCGAGCUCCGUGCCCUCGCUCCGAUCCGAGAAUCCUUCUUCAAGCACGUUAUCUCGGGUGGGCUAACUCGUUUUGAAUGGUCAGCUUACCUUCCUACGCAAGCAAAUAAAGACCUUGCAGCAUUUAAAGAACGAUGGAUUGCAUUCAACGAAUUUGCUUAUCAAAGAGCGAAGGAACAAGGGCUCAAUGCCCCCAUCGUGGACUUAUUCGCCGCAAAAGAAAUGGGAGAACUAACCGAGGAUGAAAUGUUGCAUACUCUUGACGAGAUGCUAUAUGCAAACCUUGAUGUCACAAUUGGCGGUGUAAGCUGGAAUCUUGUAUUCCUUGCAUCUGACGUAUCCGUUCAGGAUCAAUUACGAGCGGAAUAUCAAGCUGCCCAAAAAGAAGCCGACGAAAACGGUUUGACGCUAGAGAAGUACCUGUCGAGUAGUACAACCUUCCUCGCUGCUUGUGUAUCUGAAGCUUCUCGUCUACGCCCUCUCGCCGCAUUUUCUGUCCCGCAAAGUAUUCCCACACCAAGAGUUGUCGGAGGUUACGAAUUUCCGGCUGGAACAAAUUUUGUAAUUGAUUCAUAUGCUUUAAAUAUCCGUAACUCAUUCUGGGGGGAAGAUAAAGCCACAUACCGUCCAAGUCGUUUUAUGGAAAGAACCGCAACUCAAGCACGAUAUAACUUUUGGAGAUUUGGAUUUGGUCCAAGACAAUGCAUGGGAAAAUUUGUGGCAGAUACAUUGAUACGAAAUAUCUUGGUACAUUUGGUAAGAGAGUAUGAUUUAUCAUUGUUGAAAACCGAAGAGUGGCAGAGAAAUCCUGAGAUUUGGAUUAAUCAUCCGGAUAUGAAGUUGAGGUGUGUGAAAAGAGAAGGAUGAGCUUUAUGAUAUCGGCGCUUUGAUGAUUGGGCAACUAAGCUGCAUUUUCUGGUGGCGUAUCUUGUGUCCCUGAAAGUCAUCUUGAAUGUAUAGAGUUCGAUAUGACAUUGAAAAAGAUAACUUGGCGGGUAUCUUUCAAGCCACAUUGAAUAAAAAAUCAUCUUUCAAUCAAAAUUCCUUUGACCUUGUCGUAUUUGAUCUGUGCUUGAGAUAGUAUCUGUACG